GUGGCGGUAUUUCCUUAAGGUGGGUAAGAUUUUCAUCAAAUCAAUAAGUUUCUAGUAAAUGUGAACGUAAAUAAAUGAUAUCUUAGCAUUCAAGAUAUAUAAAAUUGAUGAAAAGUGUGAUUAUAAGUAUAUUAAUAAAUUUGAAAAAAAUAUAUGCAUAAUAUAAAUAAAUAAUUUAGCACAAAAUGAAAUGUUUGUUACUGCAUCGUGGGAGACUGUCUCCUAUUUAAAGUGCUCACGUCAGAUUACAGCAGAUUUAUAGGCAUGAGUUAAAUCUGAUCACGUUACCGUUUUUAAUUAAAGCAACAUUGAAUAUCAAGUGAAUUCUUGAUAAAGAAAAUAGAUUAUGGGAUUCUCUACGAGUCUACAAGGGCAAGCUUCUCAUGAAGCUUUGCUUGGAAGACAAGAUGCUGAAAUAAAACUUUUGGAAACAAUGAAAAGGUGUCUCACAAUCAAAGUGAAAUCUGAUCGUGACUAUGCUUCAACCAUUUCAUCUUUAAGUAUUCAAGGAAAAAAAGUUGAAAGACUGGAUGAUUUAACUGGCAGCUUAAUAACACAGAGCUGGCGGGAUAUUAUGGAUUCAAUUGAUCAGACUGCUAAAUUAAUUAAACAACAAGCAGACUCUAUGGAAAAUGACGUGAUAGAACAAAUUGCUAGUCUUUAUGCUGAUCGACGGAGAGCAAAAAAACUUUAUCAAGAAGAACAAGCAUGGCUUAAUAAUCAGUUUCAGCAGUUAAGUGAUGAUGUAGCAAGAAAAAAAGCAGAAUAUCAAAAAAAUUUAGAAGUGUAUAAAUUAGCUAGAUCUAGGUUUGAAGAACAUUAUGUUAAGUCUGGAAGAGGAGGAAGAAAAUUAGAUGAUGUUCGAGAAAAAUACCAGAAAGCUUGUCGAAAACUCCAUCUUACCCAUAAUGAAUACGUACUUUUACUUGGAGCAGUAGCUGAAUGUGAACAUGAUUUGAAGACUUGUUAUUUGCCAAGUCUUUUACGCCGACAACAAACUAUUCAUGAAGAAUUCAUUGUAGUUUGGAAACGAAUUUUACAAGAUACUGUCAAGUACUCUGACUUUACUUCGGAAAAAUUUUUAGAAAUUCAUGCGCAAGUAAAGGCUGCCGUAGAUUCUAUAAAACCACUUGAAGAAUAUAAAGAGUUUAUUGGAAAACAUAGAACACGUCCAAUAUCUCCUCUACGAUUCAAUUUUGAUGAAAAUUUAGUUGAUGAUACUUCAGGAAAAUUAUUGCCUAAUAAAUUGACUGUAGAUAAUUUAACAAUAGAUUGGUUACGCAGCCGAUUAAAUGAACUCGAAAGUUCUCUUAAAGUAACACAGCAAAGUCGACAAGCUGCACAGGUAUCACCAGAAAAUAAUUGUGAUCUUAGGAUGACGAUUUCAGAUUAUUCAAAAGAAAGAGAAGAAUUACGAUUAAGAUGUCAAGAGAAAAAGUUACAGCGACAAGUAGAAGUGAUUCGAGGAGCAUUAAAUGAAUUAGGGUGUGAAGAACUGCCGUCAGGAUGUGAUCUUUCCAUGGAAGGAUCGUUUGCAGAACCAUCUUUACCAAUUAAGAAAAACACAGUUGCGCAUUACGGUAUGUUUACACUGAGACGAAAUCAACGAUUUAUGACAUUGAUAAAAAGUCCAUUUAAAUCUUUGCCAUCAAUGAAUGAUAAUAAAAAUGAUGUCAUUCGUGCAAACAGCGUGGGAUCGUCUGUCAAACCGAUUCAAAUUCUUAAUUCAAGUCCUUGUGAAAUAAAUAAUUCCAAUAAUAGUAACCAAAAAGGAAAUGGAGGAUUAAUGGAUGAAGAAUGGUUUCACGGAGUACUUCCUCGGGAAGAAGUUGUGAGACUUCUUGUAUCAGAAGGUGAUUUUUUAGUUCGUGAAACAAUGCGAAACGACGAAUGCCAAAUUGUUUUAUCUGUCUGCUGGGAUAGUCAUAAACAUUUUAUAGUUCAAACUACUCCUGAGGGUUAUUAUAGAUUCGAAGGACCCACAUUUCCAUCAAUUCCAGAAUUAAUAAUGCAUCAAUGGAAAUCAGGAUUACCAGUAACUAGUCGAUCUGGUGCUAUUUUGAAAACACCAAUUCUGCGUGAACGAUGGGAAUUAAAUAAUGAUGAUGUAAUUCUCUUAGAGAAAAUAGGACGUGGUAAUUUUGGAGACGUAUAUAAAGCUCAAUUGAAGCCUUGUAAAAGUGAAGUAGCUGUAAAAACAUGUAAAGUAACUCUUCCUGAUGAACAAAAAAGGAAAUUUUUACAAGAAGGUCGAAUAUUGAAACAAUAUGAUCAUCCAAAUAUUGUUAAAUUGAUUGGUAUUUGUGUGCAAAAACAGCCCAUAAUGAUUGUUAUGGAACUUGUUCCUGGAGGUUCUUUAUUAACUUAUUUGAGAAAAAAUGUAGCUACGAUUACACAAAAAGAACAAUUUCAAAUGUGUAAAGAUGCAGCAGCUGGAAUGAGCUAUUUAGAAUCUAAAUUUUGUAUUCAUCGUGAUUUAGCGGCAAGAAAUUGUUUGGUUGGUUAUGAUUGUACAGUUAAAAUAUCUGAUUUUGGAAUGUCCCGAGAAGAAGAAGAAUAUAUUGUUUCGGAUGGAAUGAAACAAAUUCCUAUCAAGUGGACAGCUCCGGAAGCUCUCAAUUUCGGAAAAUAUACUUCUCUUUGUGAUGUUUGGAGUUAUGGAGUAUUGAUGUGGGAAAUUUUUUCCAAAGGUGGAAAUCCUUAUAGUGGAAUGUCAAACUCUCAAGCACGAGAAAAAAUAGACGCAGGCUACAGAUUGCCUGCCCCUGACGGAACACCUGAUGAAAUUUACCGUUUGAUGCUUCGGUGUUGGGAGUAUGAACCAGAAAAAAGACCGCACUUUGACCAAAUUUAUACUGUUAUUGAAACACUUUGCCAAACUUAUAUUUCGGUAUAAAUUGUUUAAUAAUUGUAUUACAUUCUAUACUGAAAAUGAUAUUUUUUUCUGAAUAUCA